AUGUAUAGAGCGACUUUUGGGUCGCUUUUCAGCCGCGAAGCAGCCGAGCAGCUCGCCGUUGCGGUCGGGCGCCUGGUUGUACUUGAGCACGGUCGAGUGCAGCACAGGGUCGAGAAUGGAGCCGAAGCCGUCGAACAGGAAGCUGGCGAGGAACAGCGCCGGCGACGCGGCGCAGAUCAUCAGAAGUCGGCCGACAAUGUUCAUGAAGACGGCGAGCAGCAAGGCAAGCCUGUCAGUCGCGUCGAUCACGGCGGACUCCUUGCGGAAGUGGUAGGCGAGCUUCCUGGAGAACAUCGGGUUGAACACGAGCAGGACGGUCGCCCGGCACAGCAUCGCGAGCCCGAGACAGAAACUGAGGUCUCUGGACGACCACUGGAACUUAAACUUGCCGUAGAUCGUCCAGACGACGCCUGCCCCCAUGGUGGACGAAAACAUGAGGACUUCGACGACGACGAGUUUCACGACCGUCCAGCGCGCGGUCCAGUCGACGUUGCCGCUCGCGUCGCGCCUGGUGAUCCACAGCAGCUGCAGCGACGAGCCAAUUCCAAGAGCCGACUUGGAAGCACUGAUGGACGACAUUCUUCUGCUCGACCGGCGCCGCAGUUUCCGCGAGCGCGAUUCCGGCAGAAACAGAACCACCAGCACGAGAGCGGCCGCAUGCACCAGCACGGACAGCACGUAGAGCUGGAACGCCGGCAGCGGCACAAACGCCCCCGUCAUCGGGCCCAGAGUGAGCCCGAUGUAGAAAAAGGCCACGAGCACCGCCAUGUACGUCGCGCGCUGCGCUUCCUCCACAACGUCGAUCAGAUAGCUGUUGGCGAGCCCCAUGGUAACGGCCAUCGAGCCGGCCAGCGUGCUCAGGAAAUGCACCGCCAGAUACCGCGCCGGCGUGAACCUUGCCUGGUCUGCCCCGAAAAUCAGAGCUUUCAGACACCCGGACACCACGUAGAUGAGGAUGUUGUACACGAGCAGCGGCUUGCGCCCGUACACGUCGCUGAGGUGGCCCAUCUUGACGCUCACGAGCACCGUGCUCACGCCGCCAAUCAGGUUCUGCCACCACUGGAUGCGCGUGCCGAGCUGCUGGCUUGCGGCCGAGCCGCAGCUGAUCAUCCCGUCCGGAUGCUUGCGGUUGUAGUGGCGGCACACGCCGUCGAACGUGAGCGCGAGCUCCUCGCCCUGCUGGAGGCCCAGCACGAACGCCGUGAUGAAUACCACCACGCAGAUCAUGGACACCGACGGCCUUUUGUGCCACACCAGCCGGCGGUGGUCGCGCAGGUUCUCCAGCACGAGGUCCAUGUCGGACUGUUCGAAGUCGUCGUCGCUGUCGCCGGCUGCACACGUGCCCCACGCGGCCGUGCUGUGCUCAGCCUCGUGAGCCGCAAUCGCCUCCUCCAGCACGUCGUCCUUGAGAUAGGCAUCGAGCAGCGGGUCGUCGAGCGGCAUCCGGGGGCUGAGCGGGCUGUGCGUGUGGGGGCGGCCGUCUCCCGCCACGUACUGCCGUUUUGGCGAGCUGAGCAAUCCGUCUGUCUCCUGGUCCAUAGCAAUUCAGGCUUAGAAAUGCGAUAA